AUGAUGUCUGCAGGUGGAGCCAGGGAGGAAGUGUGCUGUUGUAAUUCUGAAGGCAUAACGGCGAGAAGUGUGGACCACACCAGCACUCAGGGCCAGACGUGUGGACCACACCAGCACCCAGGGCCAGACGUGUGGACCACACCAGCACUCAGGGCCAGACGUGUGGACCACACCAGCACUCAGGGCCAGACAUGUGAACCACACCAGCACUCAGGGCCAGACGUGUGGACCACACUAGCACUCAGGGCCAGACGUGUGGACCACACCAGCACUCAAGGCCAGACGUGUGGACCACACCAGCACUCAGGGCCAGACAUCACUCAGGGCCAGACGUGUGGACCACACCAGCACUCAGGGCCAGACGUGUGGACCACACCAGCACUCAGGGCCAGACGUGUGGACCACACUAGCACUCAGGGCCAGACGUGUGGACCACACCAGCACUCAGGGCCAGACGUGUGGACCACACUAGCACUCAGGCCAGACGUGUGGACCACACCAGCACUCAGGGCCAGACGUGUGGACCACACUAGCACUCAGGGCCAGACGUGUGGACCAAUCUCCUUGCUCCUGCAACACCAACAACAACAGCAACAACACCAACAACAACAGCAACACCAACAACAACAGCAACAUCAUCAACAACAACAGCAACACCAACAACAACAGCAACAACACCAACAACAACAGCAACACCAACAACAACAGCAACAUCAUCAACAACAACAGCAACAACAACAGCAACAUCAUCAACAACAACACCAACAACAACAGCAACAUCAACAACAACAACAGCAACAACACCAACAACAACAGCAACACCAACAACAACAGCAACAUCAUCAACAACAACAGCAACAACAACAGCAACAUCAUCAACAACAACACCAACAACAACAGCAACAUCAAAAACAACAACAGCAACAACACCAACAACAACAGCAACAUCAACAACAACAACAGCAACAACACCAACAACAACAGCAACACCAACAACAACAGCAACAUCAUCAACAACAACAGCAACAACAACAGCAACAUCAUCAACAACAAAGCAACAACAGCAACACCAACACCAACAACAACAACAACACCAACAACAACAGCAACAACACCACCACCAACACCACCAACAACAACAACAACAUCAACAACAACAACAUCAACAACAACAGCAACAACACCAACAACAACUGCAACAACAUCAACAACAACAGCAACAUCACAACAACACACACACAACAACACAACAACACCACCACCAACACCACCAACAACAACAACAUCAUCAACAACAACAACAACACACCAACAACAACAACACAACAAUCAUCCAACAACAACACCAACAACACCACCACCAACACCACCAACAACAACAACAACAACAUCAACAACAACAGCAACAACACCAACAACAACUGCAACAACAUCAACAACAACAGCAACAUCAUCAACAACAACACCAACAACACCACCACCAACACCACCAACAACAACAACAUCAUCAACAACAACAACAACACCACCAACAACAACAGCAACAUCAAAAACAACAACAGCAACAACACCAACAACAACAGCAACAUCAACAACAACAACAGCAACAACACCAACAACAACAGCAACACCAACAACAACAGCAACAUCAUCAACAACAACAUCAUCAACAACAACAACAACACCACCAACAACAACAACAACAUCAUCAACAACAACACAACAACACCACCACCAACACCACCAACACAACAACAACACAACAUCAACAACAACAGCAACAACACCAACAACAACUGCAACAACAUCAACACACACAGCAACAUCAUCAACAACAACACCAACAACACCACCACCAACACCACCAACAACAACAACAUCAUCAACAACAACAACAACACCACCAACAACAACAACAACAUCAUCAACAACAACACCAACAACACCCCACCAACACCACCACCAACAACAACAACAACAUCAACAACAACAGCAACAACACCAACAACAACUGCAACAACAUCAACAACAACAGCAACAUCAUCAACAACAACACCACCACCAACAACACCAACAACAACAGCAACAUCAUCAACAACAACAGCA